AUGGACGGGAGUCUGGGGGAGAUGUCCCUGCACAGCCACUCGGAGCUGGUCCACAACCAGGAGGGCAGGGCCAUGCUGCACUCGCGGGACCUCUCGGCCGCUUUCCCCCGGCCCUCCCUCGGGGGCCCCUCCAUGUCCCUGGAGCCUGAUCACCGCCCGCCGGGAUUCGACCACUCCAUGUCCGCCCUGGGGUAUGGAGGCGAUGCCCCGGCCAGCUGCGGCAGCACCUACACCACCCUGACGCCCCUGCAGCCGUUCGACGACAAGUUCCACCACCACCACCACCACCACCACCCCUGCCUGCCCGUCAGCAACGUCAUCGGCAGCUUCACCCUCAUGCGGGAGGAUCGCGGCCUCGGCGGGAACUUCUACAACCCCUACGGCAAAGAGCUGGCCAUGUCCCAGAGCCUCUCCCCGCCCUCCGCCGGCUCCGGCCUGGGCUCCUCCAUGCACGGCUACAGCAGCUUGAACAACAGCCCCAACGGCAACGGGGGCCAGAUGCUCCCCGGCGGGUACGAGGUCCACGGCGGGAACCUCUUCUGUCGGACGACGGACUUCGGUCGCGAGAUGUCCCCCCCGGGCCUCGGGGGAGGCGGAGGGGACGCGCCGGGGGGCCACCAGCUAAACAAAAUGGAUGCCCACCAGCAUGUGCCAGGCCAUCACCCUCACGUCUACAGCCAGCACUACCAGCCGCCCCACCCACACCCCCACCACCACCACCCGCACCCCCACCCGGGCCAGCAGGCCUCGAAGAUGGGCGAGCAUCCACACUCGUCGUCGUCGUCGUCAUCGUCGCCUGGCGAGGGCAUGCUGUCCGGCACGCAGGGCGGCGGCGGGGGAGGAGGAGGGGGGUCGGGUGGCGAGGAGAUCAACACCAGGGACGUGGCCCAGAGGAUCAUCACGGAGCUGAAGAGGUACAGCAUCCCCCAGGCCAUCUUCGCCGAGAGGGUCCUGUGUAGGUCACAGGGCACGCUGUCUGACCUCCUGAGGAACCCCAAGCCCUGGGGCAAGCUCAAGUCCGGCCGAGAGACCUUUAAGAGGAUGUCCCGCUGGCUGCAGGAGCCCGAGUUUCAAAGGAUGGCCUCGCUCCGGCUGGAGGCCUGCAAGAGGAAGGAGCAGGAGCAGAGCAAGAUGGAGCGCAACCAGGGGCCCAAGCGUACUCGGUUGGUGUUCACCGACCUCCAGCGGCGUACGCUGAUGGCCAUCUUCAGGGAGAACCACCGCCCGGCCAAGGACCUGCAGGUCACCAUCUCCCAGCAGCUGGGCCUGGAGCUCUCCACCGUCAGCAACUUCUUCAUGAACGCCCGCCGACGCAACCUCAACAAAUGGGCGGACGAGGGCCGCCCCUCGUCCACGGGCUCCUCGGGUUCCAGCGUCUCCUCCACCGCCGUGUCCUGCAGCACGGCCUGA